CAUAGGAUAGAAACCACUGGAAAUCCUAAUUUCUAACAUUUCUGAAUAAAGAAUUUCUAUAAUACAUUCAUCCACGCGCUAGCUCUCUCUAUUCCAAAAUAUAAAAAAACCUCAACAUUUUUAAUUUAUAAUCGACGACGAGCUAUACGUAAGAAGUGCGUAAUUAGAAAAAAACAAGAAUUAAUCACGAAGUACCUUCAAUCUCACAGUGGCUCUAGAAAUUACACGCACAACCUCUUAUCUUUCAAUGAAGCGUUUUUUAAAUCAGUGCCUUAAAUGGCACGUAAUUUAACAUAAUCAGGCUCGAUUAACUAAAAUAUAAAUGCUACAAUAAACGGUGUGCCACGUGUGUUCUAUCCACUGUGUGUUGCUUUAGCGUUAACAUUACCGAUACAUCAGGCUCAAGAGUGGUUCAACGUCUCGCUAGUGCUGGGAAUAUGAGAAAGGCCCGUUCAAAUUUGAUAAAUAAAACAUCGUAGCGCGAUAUAACGCGGAACGUGGAGCUCAUAUCGUCUGGACGGAGCUGUAUUUUAUUCGAGACACGUGACUCUGUAGCCAUCAGAGUCGCAAAUACAUAUCCCGGGCAAAGUCCUAGGAAUGCCAGGCUUUCGGUGUCCCGCCAAAGGAUAAGGGCUGUCUACGUGUCCGCGGUGGUCGAGUGAAAGUCGUGUGGACGGCCGAAGCAGGCUCGUGACCAUGGCACAAAGGGGUAGAAACACGACUGUGUGUCGUCGAGUUGCGUUUACCAAAGCUGAAGUUAAAUUACGCGUGAGACGCUUUGACUCGUGCUGCAGCGGCCCGUGUCACGUUUCUUGCAUCAAACAACGAGGAGAAAGCAAGAAGAAACCAAGAAAUGAAAGAAAGAAAUGGACAGAGAGCGCAGGCACAGGAAGAGGCUUGAGAGAAGAGAAAGAAACGAGGGAAGAAAAAGAUGAGAGCAGGCACAAACAGAUUGAAGAACCUAGAGAGACAGACAGACAGACAGACAGAGAAUACAGAGAAAGAAAGACAGAGGAUGAAACAGGAGAAAAAGGAGGACGACCAGCCACAAAAGUUAGAAGCCAGGGCGAAAUUCUUUGUCGGAUCUUAAGCAUUGUCGCCGGUGCAUCUGGCUUUUUCAACGCGCGAGAUAACGAACAGACACUACGGUUCUCCGUGCAUUGUCAGCACAAGCCAAGCUUAUAUAACGUAAAUACGAUACGCGAAGAAUGGCAAGAGACGCGCGCGACUAACAGCGAAGGCAAAGCAGGUGUAUCUGGGUGAUUCAGCGGGAUGGUCGUAUUAGUCUACUUGGAUAACGCGAGUUCUGAAGAGCUGCAUACAUAUUAAAUCUGCUCUCUGGUAAAAUCAAUUAUUUCAGGAUAUUGUCAAUUACUUGGAGUAGUUGUCAGUUACUGUUUCUUCUGCUGCUUCAUUAUA